AAGAAAGAAAGAAUGAAGGCAGUUCACAUGUUCCUGCAUCCUCCGCAGUCAGAGAUCAUCCAGAUAAAGCAGAAAGAACCGGGAAGGAACGGCUGUGAAUAGAGAGUUGCAGAAGACACAGAUAGGAAACGGAGGGGAGGAGGAGGAGAGGCAGUCAGCAGCCUCUGAGACUUGUUCCUUUGGCACUGGAUCGUCUCAGCUGCUCUGGCUGCUAGCUGCUAGUUCUCCCAGCAUCCUUCACACCUUCCUAGACGUUCCCAGGGUGCAACUAGUUUACUGCCAGCAGCAUUGCUUGCAACAAAGCUCAAUCACUGGAAUGCAGUGACACAGGAGAUAAUUCAGUAUUCAUUCUGGUGAUAAAGGUUCAAAGAUGGCAAAACGAUCCUAGAAUGAUAGCCCUUGAAGAUGAACUAAAUGAUUGUCUUUCGACUCUGAAUAACCAUCGGUGGUUUUGAAUUUGACUGGGCGCCCCUGGAGAGCAAGAGGAGCAACACUGUCCAAUCAUACAAAAACCCUUUGAUUUCAUAACGUGCUCUGAGGAAUCUGAGCUGUACCAUUCGAUGCAAGAUAAUUGAACUUCCUAACUGGAAGGCAGUUGAAAAUGGAAUUCCAGAGGUUGGAGGAUUUUUCUCCACCAAUAUGCUGUGAGAUUAUACAAUUUCUUGCCACAUUCCAAAUUGUUCAAGAUCAGAUCUGAAGGAACUUGUGACCUCACAUUUUCGAUUUCAGUUUUUUCCCCUCUACAUUGAAAAGUGUAAACCGCUUUGUUUUCAGGUCUUCAAGGAAAGCAUACAUUAAGGAAUAUAGAGGGGGACAUAUUGAUUCAAACAAUUUCUUGCCUUUUUUUUUCAGUUAUGACUGACAUGAAGAAUCCCCUAUAAGAAAGCACUACCAGAAAGGGAAGGAGCGUGGAGUGACUUUAAGUGAAAAAUAACAGAAGUAAGGUCUUUUGGCUUUAUUAGCAUCUUGUACUUUAGAUUGACGCCUUCCUGCCUUGCUACAAUGAGAGGCUGAGAUGGCAAGAGAAUAGACAGUGCACUUUUGAGCAACAGUGCUGGACGCUUUGAUAGGUGCCUUAAGUCUUUCAGGUGAAGCAAGAGAGUGAGAAAAAUACAUCCAGGAAGAAAAGAGAAAAGGAAGAACAGGUGCCACAGUUCUAUUACUCCCCCACUUUUGACUUAUUUUUCCUCUUUUCUUCUAUUUUGUCACCUACCGCCUCCCCCUGCUCCCCACGAUUGCCCCGACGGACUGCAAAGGAGAGCAUCACACAAUGCAGCGAGAGAGAGCGACAGAGAUGGAAAGAGAGAGGAAAUAGAAGAGGAUUUUUUCUUUUCCUUUCAGCUGAAACAGAAUGUUCUUUCCUGCCUCCUUUUUUCAUAGUCGAGCCGGCUGUCCUCUGUCCUCUCCUUCGCCGCUCCCUCCAACCCUCUGUUCCUAAAAGAGAGGGAGAGACAGGGAGGGGGGAAGAAACAAGGGAGGAAUUGAGUUAUUUUAUCUUGACUGGAUAUUUUUUGCUUCUUUGUGAGAUUUUUUUUUCUUUCUUGUCUUCUCACUCCCAGAGGGAUUGUUGUUGUAUCAGAGGUCAAAGCAAGGAAUCUGACUCCGUUCGGGUAAGGUGCUACCCUUCCGUAGGAAAGAAAGGAGGAAGAGUGGGGGAAAAGAGGAGAAUCCUUCAAAAGCCAAGAUUCUGAUUUCGUGAAGGCGUGAGAUCAGGUCCCGCGUAUUUCCCCCUGCCUCCUUCACCCCUCCCCCCUUUUCUAUUUGGAGGAAUCCUCGUAUAUUUGUCCCUUAUCCCCUACAUUCUCGGAAUCUGCCAGCAUUCCUGAAGGGACGCAGCCGGCUUGCAUCCACGCCAGUCCUUUGCUAUUAGCUGCUGGUGUCAUCUGCUUCAUUCUGUGGCGGUGCAGGCAGCCAGACGACCAUUCUCCAUGAGGAGCAGUGGAAGAUGCCGGCUCUGCCAGCGCUGCUGCUGUCGAUUCACCUCCUCUUCCUCUUCCUGUUGCUGACCAUGGCCCCGUCUUCUCUUAGCCAGGCACCUGCCCUUGCCGCUGUCAGGAUGGCGGCUAUUCUAGAUGACCAGUCAGCAUGUGGGCGUGGGGAGCGCUUGGCCCUGGCGCUUGCUCGGGAGAACAUCAACAGCAUGAUGGAAGGACCAGCUCGCGCCCGUGUGGAGGUGGACAUCUUUGAGCUACAGAGGGAUUCACAGUACGAAACAACUGAUACAAUGUGUCAGAUCUUACCAAAGGGCGUGGUUUCUGUCAUAGGCCCCGCCUCCAGUCCGGCCUCCGGAUCCACCGUUAGUCAUAUAUGUGGGGAAAAAGAGAUCCCUCAUAUAAAGAUUGGUCCUGAAGAGACCCCCCGGUUGCCAUACCUCCGUUUCGCCUCCGUGACGCUGUAUCCCAGCAACGAGGACCUGAGCUUGGCAAUCGGUGCCAUUCUUCGCUCCUUUAGCUACCCAACAGCCAGCCUCAUCUGUGCCAAGGCUGAGUGCCUGCUUAGACUGGAGGAGCUGGUGCGUCACUUCCUCAUCUCCCGGGACACACUCUCAGUGAGGAUGCUUGACGACACCUUGGACCCCACUCCAUUACUGAAGGAAAUCCGUGAUGAUAAAGUAGCAACAAUUAUCAUUGAUGCCAACGCUUCAGUAUCUAUACUCAUACUAAAGAAGGCAUCUGAGCUAGGCAUGACAUCAGCCUUCUACAAGUACAUCCUGACCACAAUGGAUUUCCCACUGUUGAGGCUGGAUGAUGUUGUAGAUGAACAGUCCAACAUUGUAGGAUUCUCCAUGUUGAACAGCAGUCAUCCCUUCUACCUGGAGUUCAUCAGGAGCCUCAAUCUGUCUUGGAGAGAAGGAUGUGACCUCAGCCCAUACCCUGGUCCAGCUCUGUCAUCGGCCCUGAUGUUUGACGCGGUGCACGUGGUGGUUGGGGCGGUGCGGGAGCUGAACCGGAGUCAGGAGAUUGGAGUGAAGCCUCUCAGCUGCACCUCCUCGCUCAUCUGGCAACAUGGCACCAGCCUCAUGAACUACCUGCGCAUGGUGGAGUAUGAUGGCUUGACAGGGCGAGUAGAGUUUAACAGCAAAGGCCAGAGGACAAACUACACUCUUCGCAUUCUGGAAAAAUUCAGAGGAGGACACAAAGAGAUUGGCAUCUGGUACUCCAACAACACACUGGCAAUGAACUCCACCUCCUUAGACAUCAACACGUCACAUACCUUGGCCAACAAGACACUUAUCGUGACUACCAUAUUGGAGGACCCAUAUGUGAUGCGAAAAGAAAACUACCAGGACUUUGAGGGAAACGACCAGUAUGAAGGAUUCUGUGUGGACAUGUUGCGGGAAUUGUCAGAUAUUUUGAAGUUCUCCUUCAAGAUUAAGCUGGUGGAUGACGGGCUAUAUGGAGCGCCAGAGCCAAAUGGGUCCUGGACAGGAAUGGUGGGGGAGCUCAUCAAUAGGAAAGCUGAUUUGGCUGUAGCAGGUUUUACCAUCACAUCAGAGAGGGAGAAGGUCAUAGAUUUCUCCAAACCCUUCAUGACUCUGGGCAUCAGCAUUCUCUACCGUGUCCACAUAGGCAGGAAGCCAGGCUACUUCUCCUUCCUUGACCCUUUUUCUCCUGCCGUCUGGCUCUUCAUGCUCUUAGCCUACCUUGCUGUGAGCUGCGUUCUCUUUUUGGCUGCAAGGCUAAGUCCGUAUGAGUGGUAUAACCCCCAUCCGUGUCUGAGGGAGCGGAGGGACCUGCUGGAGAAUCAGUACACGCUUGGAAACAGUCUGUGGUUUCCGGUAGGAGGCUUCAUGCAGCAGGGCUCAGAAAUCAUGCCCCGGGCCCUCUCCACCAGAUGUGUUAGCGGUGUCUGGUGGGCAUUCACACUAAUCAUCAUCUCCUCAUACACGGCCAACCUGGCUGCAUUCUUGACGGUUCAGAGAAUGGAGGUGCCCAUUGAGUCAGCAGAUGACCUGGCGGACCAGACCAACAUUCAGUAUGGUACCAUCCAUGGAGGCAGCACAAUGACCUUCUUCAUGAACUCACGUUACCAGACCUACCAGCGCAUGUGGAACUACAUGUACUCCAAGCAGCCCAGUGUGUUUGUGAAGAGUACUGAGGAGGGCAUUGCCCGCGUGCUGAACUCCAAAUACGCCUUUCUACUAGAGAGCACCAUGAACGAGUACCACCGCCGCCACAACUGCAACCUCACACAGAUAGGAGGCCUACUGGACACCAAGGGCUAUGGCAUCGGCAUGCCAUUGGGCUCUCCAUUCAGAGAUGAGAUAACUCUGGGGGUGCUGCAGCUACAGGAGAACAACAGGCUGGAGAUCCUUAAGCGCAGGUGGUGGGAGGGUGGGGAGUGCCCCAAAGAGGAAGAUCAUCGCGCUAAAGGUCUGGGUAUGGAGAAUAUCGGUGGGAUCUUUGUGGUCCUGAUUUGCGGUCUGAUAAUCGCAGUGUUUGUGGCCAUCAUGGAAUUCGUGUGGUCCACACGCCGUUCGGCGGAGACUGAUGAGGUACGCCCUCACCCCUGCCCUGGCCGAAAUCACAGACAUGCACCAGUUUCAGUGUGUCAGGAGAUGAUGACAGAGUUCAGAAACGCUAUUUCUUGUAAGAAGAGUUCUCGUCUACGGCGACGGCGGCCACUGUCCUCCCACGGAAUCCUCCGGCAUCCCACCCGCCUUCCCCUGGGUGCCCCACGACCCGUGAGGCUAGUGCGCGAGAUGCGUCUCAGCAACGGUAAGCUCUACAGUGGGUCAGGACCAGGACCGCUGGCUGGAGCUGCAGCAGGACCAGCUGGUGCAGGCGGGGGUCCCUCUGACGUAGGCCCAGGUCCACAGCGUCUGCUGGAGGACCCUCUGGGGGCCAACAUGCCCAGCACCCCUCCCCCUGCCCCAUUGGCUCCCAUGCUCCCCCCGGCGCCACCUCGUGGCUGCACUCAUGUGCGUGUGUGCCAAGAGUGUCGGCGGAUCCAGAGCCUCCGCUCUGCCUCGUCCUCCUGUUCACGCAUCCCACCCUUAGCCUCCGCUACCUCGUCCCUUCCUCGCCUGCCCCCUCCUCCACCCCCGUCUUCCUCUAACACAAACACCGACAGCGAAGGAGGGGGCUCCACCAGCCCCCGCCGGCCCAAGCCUAAGCCCACGCCCCCUCCGCGGCCUGUUCCGCCUACAAAAACACCCACCACAGAUCUGCUCUGCAAGCAGGACUGAGUCUGCGGGCAACAGGCUGCACUAUGUGCAAAAUUGUGCAAAAGGUAAACAUUAAACUGAUGUCAAUUACGGAGGAAUCAGAUCGCUCUGACCUCUGAUUGGACCACAACAGAAAUUACACAUUUUGGAGAAAGCUGUAAAGAUAUUUUAAGAAAAGAAACCAGCACAGAAACAGGGACCUGAGAGUAAUGGGAUAUUUCAUGUUUUCAAGAUUGAGAAAGACAAACUGGACCAACUUUCUUCAAUAACAUCCCACUCUGAUCAUGCAAAAGUGGGGGCCGACCCAUCCAGAAUCAUGUAACCUUGGUCUUCAUGAUUAUUGUACUAUGCAACAUGUCAGAGAGCAAAAGCCCUGGAGGAGAACAUUGCUGUUCCAGACAUCAUAGUGGAAUAUGGCUUCCAACCUUUGGGGUUCGCGUUCCUCCUUUUCUCUUCCAUAACUGUGAACUGGAUGACUUGAGCUAAACCUUAAACCCCCAAGAGGACCAUGCAGUACUACACAAAAUUCAAGUGACUUGCGUGGACCGAGACGUGGGUUUUAACUCUUCUUUUUUUGUAACUCAGAAGAACUCACUCCAAAAGUCCAAGGGUUGGAGAAAACAAGUAUUCUAGCAUUCCCGUUUUCUUUCCUCCCGGCUUAAUUUCUUUUUUUCUUUGUUUCCUUUUUAUUUCCUGUCCCUUUCCUGUCUCUGUGUUUCUGUGGACAGUAGUUUUUUUUUGAAAAUGUAUUUUUUAACUUGGUUAGUGGACAUUUUAUCACUUCAUCUAAUUUUCUGUCCCUCGAUUUCUGCCCAAACAGCUGGAUCUACCCCUAAAAUGAUUGGAUGGUAAAAGGCAGGGUGGGUUUCCCAAAGGUAAAGCCUGUAAGGUAAACACAAUAAAAGGGGUCAGACUUCACCUCCUAUGCAUUGCUGUGACAUGACGGAAGAGUGACUGAUACUGGUAUUACUGCAGUACUGCUGUUAUUACCAAAAAUGAUUGUAAUCUGUAAAGAUGGUGAGGUGUACUUUAAGCUGCUACAAAACAGAUGAACAUUACCCAAAAAUCUGUGGUAAACAAAUGUAGGAAUCAGUCUGGUCAGGCUAAAUUAUGAAAGUGCAUACAUUUUGCUUCAUGCUUGGGUGAGAGUGUUUUUGUACGUGUGUGUGAGCAUGUGAAUGAGAGCGUGUUCCUUGGUAUGCCAGUAAUCUGUUUUUGUUUGUUUUGCCCUUUCUAUUAUUGAGUUUCUCAUAUUUCUGUUCCAGCCAUAACUGCGAAAAAUGAAAAUAAUUCAGAUUAUAUUGUUAUUAUUAUUGCUAUAAAAUGUGGGGUUAUGUAGGAGGGCCACCACCCUCUAAAGUUAAAUAUAUAGAGACGUAAAUCAUUUGGAAUAAAAAAAGGAUAUAUUCCAAA